AUGUUAUUCAUUGGGGUUCUCGUUUCCUUUUGGGAGAAGGUGUCAGUGUUGAACCCGGCGCGUAUCGCGGUCUGGCGAUAUUUUUCCCGCGGACUGCGUGGCUGGUGGGAUGGUAAUGCCGAGGAGGGGAGCAGCUCCACAGCUCACUGCCCUCACCCGAGCAACCGCCUGAGGAGCACCGCGACAAAGCCAGGCGUUACCCCGGUCCCUGCUGCAUCGCUGCGAAGGGUGGGAGCAGCGCACCUACCCGCUGCGGGGGCUCCUCAGGGACCCACCGCUUGCCAGCUUCCCUCCACCAUCCUCUGCAGUGGCCUGUUCCCACGUACACGUGUCUGGGAAAGUGCCAAGAUCACAACCAAAAGGGAGUCACCAAUACGGAUUUGGUGUGCGGCUAAGAAACUACCUGUGGAGAAAGCUCUGAACAAAACAGAUCAUUGUUGUUUUCCCGUCUUAAGAGGGAAUUGUGUACCAUGUAACCAGACAGCUAUACACCUUCAGCUGCAGACCACUGAGUGGAGUCUAUGGACCACCAGCUUGGAGAGCCUCUGCUUUAAACCUCUAAAUGAUUCAACAUUUGUUCCCUCCGAUGACACCACGAAUCUGGGAAUGAAGAACUUCUUAGAGCUAAUUGAAAAUGGCAUUGCGGAGCUGAGACUUAACUGGAGGAAAUAUAUCUCCUGAAGAAGAAAAAUAUAAUGCACUGUAAGGAUUUGACUUCUGGUGAAAAAUUCAAGCCUAGAGAAAACUUGUCUGCUUUGUUAGGAAGAAUGGGUUGGACAAUUUUCUUCAAUUCCAAAGGAUUUCUGAAUGCCAUGCUGAGCUUAAUCUCUGCAGCAUGCUCUGUGCUUCUCAUCUCUUCCUGAUGCACUACAUGGUUAUCCUGAAGGGGAGGAUAAAGAAACUGGCCACCAAGAUGGUAAUCACUAGUGGAAAUGAAGAAGACAAAGGCGGUCAAGAAAAGGAAAGCAAAGAAGAAACCAUCUUGGCAAUGCUUGGAAUUAUUGGGACAAUUCUGAACCUCAUUGUGAUCAUUUUUGUGUAUAUUUACACAACGCUGUAAACUGGAAGGCAUGCAAAUAGACCAGAUAAAACGGCCAUUGAGUGACAACAAGCAUUGCUGACUAUUGACAAGUUGUUUAAUCAGAAUUGACUCUGUAUUAUAUUAACACAUCAUAUAAGCACUGCCUGCAGGCAGUGAAGGCUGAAGCACAAUUAAUUUAACAAGACUUUUUCACACAGUAACAAGCUUAACUCUUCUGUCUUGCCCUCUUCCUUUCGGUUUGGUUUUCAGUUUGGGGGAAAAUGACUGCAAUUAUGCAAGGUGUAGCUCUGAAGAAAUACAUGAGGGAUAUGUUCUUUUAAUACAAUUGAUGAGAGGAACUGUACACUAUAUACAAUUAGAAAUGUAUGCUGUAUACCCACAAAGAUUGAACUAAAAGAUAGCUCCAUAGCACAGAUCACGUGUCUGUUAUGUCAAAUGACUUUUUUCUCUUGGUUUUUGCUUUUACUGUCAUUGGAUCUGACAAGCUUUUUAUUUAGAAUGAACAUAUGGUGCAAUCAUGAAAAAAACAAUUCCAUUGAGCAAGAUCUGCCUAAACAUGAUAAAAUGUUGGGAGAAAUAUAUUAUAUGAUUGUUUUUCCUUUCUCAUUUGCCUAGCAUCUGUGUCUGUUCAUAUCAAUGUUUAUAAAUAUAUAUUUUUAAUAAAUGUGCUAUAUUUUUAGCAUGAACCAAA